AUGGCAUUCAGUCAGCUUGUUGAUUUCGUAAGUAGAGUUGGGUUGUAAACUUAAUCUCGGUACGAUUAAUUCAGUUUUUAUGGAGUUAGCCCGGUUAGCAUGGGUCGUGGUUAAUCCGCAGCUGAUCCUGCCCCCCUGCCGCAGUAGUACGGCUGUUUGAGGACAAAAACAACGUUCCCUGUUGUUUCUGCGACGGUUAGGCCUUUAUUUCUCUCUCUCGUUUUGGGGAUAAGUUUGUAAACGGAUAGAUAUCGUUCUCGUGUAAACAUCCAUAAACACACAGGUUUCCAGUGCGUUUUGAUACAAAACUCUCUUAAAGGGCUCGUGUCGGUAUAAUUUCAUUAAAAAUCAAUCUUGUAAAAUAGAACUUUGGUAAAAAUGGAUUAACAUUUUUGCGUAGGGUAAAUUAAAAACAAUUAGAUCAAAUAAGCUCUGGAAAGGGCAACGCUGUUACUGUAAUAAGCAAGCUGCACUUAAUUUCCGAUUGAUCAAUCGUCAAGGAUUUUGCUCUGAAACAGACUUAAAUUCCCAAGAGUCAUAUUCUCAAAGCUUAGGAACCAAUUAUAUUGUAUCUUAUGGGUCUGAUAUCAAUAAAUAGCAGUAUCACCGGACUACUUUCUUUUAUAGGCCACUCUUUGGGCAGGAAAUUCUGUCGCUUACAAUUUCGAAACAUUUUAGAAAAACCUAUUUUCAACUAUUCUCUGAGUUUGUUUAAUAGCUUUUAGUAUAAAACGUCACCUGUAGAGUCACAGAUAGACAGUACAGUCGACUCUCUCUUAACGGACACCUCUAUAAGACGGACACCUCUGUAAAACGGACUCUUAGAGUUGGUCCCUGCCUUUCUCUACUUCCUUUAUUUGACUCUCUAUAAGACUGACGCCUUUCUAAGACGGACACUUAGUGCCGGUCCCAAAGGUGUCCGUCUUAGAGAGAGUUGACUGUACAACUGAAAUAAUUGGUUCAUCAAUAAAACAAACACAUUUUUAGGGUCAAUUUCGAGGCCUUUGCCAACAAUGCAUUCGCCUGACAGCCGUGCACAUUUGUUAACCAUUUAAUUUUAAUUUUGUCUACUUUGGUCGUAUAAUUUUACGCCCUUUUUGUGUAACUAGUUCAUAGAUAAUUAGGAUUUAGAUGCUGAUAGCUAUAUAAUGAGUUGUGAAUACUGUGAAGAGAGUCGGCUGCUUAUGCAUUCGUAAACAGCUAUUUCGAAGAAGGUUGUCGAAAAAAGUGCAUGCGACAGUCCCGAAAGGUAUUGUGGGUAGUUUUGAGUGCACUGUUCAUCAAAGAAAUUUGAAAACAUGACACGAGACGCCAUGGACGUAUGUUUGCUUAUGUUUGCGAAUGUGAAAGCAGAGCAACAAAAGUAGGUUUGACAGCUACAGUCGUCAGGAACAGUGUAUUGAUCAUAUCCCAUAUUACCUUGUCGCGUGCACAUUUGUGUGUAAAUUCAGACGAUAUGUCUGGCAAAAUAUUUCCCAGAGCCAGCUGGCCUUUCUUCUGUAGUGAGCAAAAAAUAUACUUUUUUUAGCUCCCCGCCCUUCCGCACAGGUCAUGUCCUAAUAAAUGAGAUCAAAUAAAAUCACUCUAAUCCAAUGAACCAUAUGUUUCUGUUGUUCAGUAGAGUCAAACAGCUCCGGGCAAGAUUAGAAAGCCGCACCCUUCGCAACGAUUUUUAAGUCAACGAUACAUUUAGAAUGAUUAUUUUUCUUUGUUGUUUUACUCGUCAUACCUCUGAGCCAGAUAGUAAUCAGUAAUUUUCAGCUUUCAGUGGGCUGGUAAGUUGGUAAACUUUGAGUGUGCCCACUUCACUGAAAUAUCGUUUCAUUCACUUUAGUUUUUUUUUAUCUGCGAUAUUUUAUAUAUCUUAUAGUGUUUGGGUUUUGCAGAACGCAUAGCGAAGGAAUACAAAUCAGGCCUAAAAUAACGUAGUCUCGUAUAAUGUUUGUUCAGUUUAACGACUUUCCUGAGUUAUCCUCACUCCAAGUUUACGAUGCCUGGUAUCACAAAAUGAGACUGUCUUAAAGCCAGCCUGAAUACUUCUUUUAUCUCUUGAUAACUCACAAAACAGUUGGCAGACCCCAAGGCCAAAGGUGUUUAGAGUUAUCCGAGCAUCGGACAAUGUAAAACAAGAAUCUUUUAAACCCGAUGUCGAUUAGGUCUGGUGAACAAGCAGCAACUAUAGUGUUGUUAUCAUUUCUCCAGACAUUACGUCUAAAUCUUUUUUGUUAUCUUGACCUACGGAUGUGGAGAGGUACACCGCAUAGUCAUAGAGCUUUCACAGUAGGUUCCAUUUGUGGAGGAUGUAAUCAAGAAUGACUCAGCGACUGAUAUAUAAGUAAAUUCAGUUUUCAGUCUUAAAAGUGAUGUAAAAUAGCUUGGGUUUUUUUAACGCCGUUUUAAGCUGUUUAAGUGUAUUUUAUCGGAAUAUUAUGAUCUUAAUCACAUCAAUGUUGCAUUGGUAAAGAACACGCAAGGCCACUUUCUUCUCGCUAAGGUUCGGUUCUCACUACACCCCGAACCAUGCGAAUAGUUUUUAAAGGAUUUACAGUCCAGUGGGUGACGGUUUGUCAACGUCAAUUCGUUAUUAGGGAUUUCGAUUUUGAGAUAUCAUUCAGUUAUAGGAGGCCCUAUUUUUCUGUUUAGUGCAGUCAAUUAUAAACUCGAGAGAAAAUUCCUAAGGAACGAGGUUUUUAAAAUGUGGCCUCGAUAAAGCUCAUGGGUAACCGAAUUAAAGUCAUUGUCGGCGUUGGCCAUGGUGGUUGAGUGUACCUCGAUAUACAAUGUUCUUUAAAUAGGGUAUGUGGUGUCUUAAAACAAACCUGAAAACACAUGUGAAAACGGAAGUGCGGUGUAACUAUACGGUAUGAGCCUUCCUUAGUUAAGAUUGGGGAACAUUUUGGGCAAUUGUUGGUAUGUUAACCAUAUUAUUUUCGGUUAAGUGAUUCAUAAUACUACUCCAUGGCCACAACAUGCAAAAGGAAGGUACUCUCGGUAUACAUGUAGCCCACGAAAAAUCGGAUCAACAAAGAAGAAUUUCAAAAGCAUACCUCAACCGUCUGAAUAACAGUAACACAAGUUCCGAAGAUGUCUUCAAAAUAUGGGAACGUUGUCUUGUUUGCAGACGCUUACGAUUGUACGUGAUGUCUGAUUUACUGGCGAUGUACACGAUUUAAUUGUAAGGAAGCAGCGCAAACACAAGUUUCCGGUGUAAUUUUUCUAAUUCGAUUACCGCUCAGUGUAUAUAUAAACAGAAAUCCACUCAGUUGUCCAGGGUGAUCCUUAUUUAUUUAAGGACGUCCUACUAAGUUGUAAGUCCGUUGACCCGAAUGCGCGGUUCUAACUUUCAGUAUAGUGAAUUGUAAGUCCUUUAGUUUGUGCCCUGUUAACUCUUUCACUUAAAUGUAUAAGUAACCGAAGGUAAAACUAUUUAGAAAGAUUCCAAGUUUUAAUUCGAAGAUUAUAAUGAAGAACAAGUAGGAACAGUUCUCCUGAAGGAAUUUCAUUUGAGCAAUCUCAAUGUAGCUUGUCCAAAGAUUCUUCUAUAAUAGCUUUUUUCUUUCUUUUUACGAUUUACUUAGCUGACCCUUGAUAAGUCAGGAAAUACGCAAGCCUUUGUAUUGUCUGGAGAUUUCUUUUUCGUAACCUUGUUUGUGUACACCACCGUCCUACUGUGUAGCAGAGGCUGAAUCUUCUCCGUCCAUCAAAACGCGAAAAACGAACUUGGCCAGUGUCCAGGUAUCUUCUCCGAAAAUCCAUCAAAUGGUCCAGAUAAGAAAAAGGACAAAACUUGGCCACGUGUCCAGGCUAACUUUACUUUUGUCUUGAGGUUCUGAUUGGUUUAAACAUCAAAUUUUACCAAAUCUUCGCAAAGCAACACGUACAUUAACUUUUUUUUGGAAAAUCACGUGAUGAUUUUAGAACAUUGUUUGGUGAUUGGUCGAAAUGUUUUAAUAAGCCACCCUUUAAAAGUGGAGUUUAAAUCACGAUCUUUUUGGAAUGUGCAUUUGGCUGGUCACCCAACGAAAGAAAUUUUUUAAGGAAUAAUUUGGAAUGUGCAUUUGGCUGGUCACGCGAUUUUUUAUGCUUUAUAAAGUACUUUUCAGUUAAAUUACCAGAACCUUGAAACUUGCGUUCUGCAAUCAACGUGACUGGAAUUCCUGCAUUAAUUUCCAGUGUUGCUGUUUUCAGUUUUGGACCGAGUCGUUCGAGUAGCCCUGGUUUGAAUAGAAACAGAGCAUAUGUGUUGUGGUGGUAACAAACCGUGAGCUUGCCCAAAAAAGACUUAAUGACGUGGUGACGGGUUUUACGUAAUAACCCCCGACAGAUUUGAUUAAGAUUACAGAAAUCUUCGGAAUCACCCGAGUGUACCGAUAUUCAAGCGACUGUGGAUCAAUUAAUAUGAUUCUUUAGCCUAGUUCAUUUCAACUUGAAUCCCUAGGUUUGGAAACUUUUCGGAAAGUCUAAUAUGAGCGCUCGGCUAGCCGUGCUGGCCCGCUUUACCAUGUUGUCUCGGCUCAUACCUUCUUUCCUAUACAAUUUUCAGUCUGUUUAUGCAAGAGGGUGGGCUGGCCCGCUGCCGAGAUCUCGGAUGCUCAAACUGCAAAACUGCAAGCGGGCCAUCCUACCUUCUCAUAUAAACAAGGCGAUGUUACGAGGAAAUAUGGCAUGAGCCGAACCGCCCGGCUAACUGCGAUAGCUUAUCUCAAAUAAACGGGACUAAACUGGAUCUCCAAAUUAUUAAUUGUUAGAGGAUCAUACAAAUGUAACCCUCUCUUAGGGCCUGUUUACAUGCAGGUGGGGGACCCCAGAUAGGUGAGGUAACAUGUGGCGGGUCACCCCACCUAACGUGUAAUGUAAUGAGAGAUUAUGUGGACUGGCUAGUUACCCCACCUAAGCGGGUUAACUCACCUACCUGGGGUCCCCCACCUCCACGUAAACAGGCCCUUAAUGCUCAUUGAAAUUCUGGUGCAGUUAAAAAAGCAUGCAGUUAUGAUUAUUUAUCAGCCUUGACUGUCUCAUAUCUUAUGUUUGUGGGCGCUUGUGUUUCCCAUUCUAAAGUGAGGAACUUCAAACCAGCGACUAUCAAAUACUUAAUGCCAAAUGUUUAACUGUAUUCCUUUUUUUCUAAGUAAUAGUUUUUUUUUUCGUUUGCAGGAUAGCAAAGACCAAAUAAUGACCUGUAAUAUUUGGGUGAGGCAGGUAUUUUUACAUUAAUUCUGUCUAAAUCUGAUCCAGAGAGAAGAAAUAAUAACGUUACCCAUUUCCUUUUGUGAAGCAAGGAGACUAAGUCCUUGAUUUCAUGUUUCAGUGAGAUAUAGUGACUUAGAAUGUAUAAGGUUUGGAAUUUUUACAGUUUUGGUUUCUCUGAAUGUUACCUUCCCAGCAGUUUUUAAAAAUCAGGUUGAAUAGCAUGAUUGUAUUCUAAAACGUACUCUUUUUGUCGUUCAAUAGUUUUGGACCAACAACCGACUAUCGUGGAACCCUGAUGAGUUCGAGGGAAUCACUGUCAUCAACGUCAGUCCUAAGAUUGUUUGGAAGCCUGAUAUUCUUCUUUAUAACAAGUAA